UACAAAUAUGAAUACGGCUAUCAGUUUCUCUUCAGAUUUCGAGCAGGUUACUACGCCAACAUAGACAAAAACGCCGUUAAGGGUAUAGAACACAGCGAUAAUCUCUAUACUCGGCCAAUGGACAUUAGUGAAUUCAAAUUCACCGAGACCUUCUCCCAGAAUGGAAAUCAUGUGUUCCUGUCUGUUCACUUUGGCGAUUAUCCUCCAGCAGAGUUUCCAACUCAUACGGGACUCGAUCCCAUUAUUGCCGGUGUGGUUAUAAUGGAGGUAGGCUCCUACGCCGUAUACGAAGGAAUCUACUCGGGGUCAGACGCAAUUGGAAUCAACGCUCCAGGGGCAGUGCGUGACCUUGGCAAGCCACAGACGUCAGGCGUAACCGUAAGGAUCGGCAUCCGGAAAGGCCUCACGAUGUACGUGUUUCUCGCGGAUUACGGCACAGAUCCGGUUUCAGCCCCGUUUUCGGAACUCUUGAUGCACGGCCAUUACUACAUCCCACGAUUCACUGCAAAUUUCAACGUCAGGCGCGUGCAAAUUAUUGAUACACUUGCCAUCGCUGCCGGUCAUGAGGGUGUGCGCUUGCCUCCUUACCACUGCGAGCUCAAUCCACUAGAGCUCGUGUGCAGCCAGGUCAAACGCUAUGUUGCUUCGAAGAACACUGACUUCAAGAUCGAUUCAGUCGAGAAGCUGCUGCUGGAAGGAAUCCCAGGUGUAACUCCGCCGAACUGGUUCCGAGACUGCACUCACGUGAUAAGACUUGAGGAUGAGGCAUGGGCGCGAGAACGCUCACGAGUGGAACUCGUGCCCUGA